CCGACGGGCCUCGGGUCGCUGUCCCCCGUCCCUUCCUGGGUCCCCCGGCGUCGCCGCUCCCCGCCUCCCCGAGUGGCAUCUCGCCGCGCUCCAUCGCUCCAGACAAAGCCAAGCGGAAAUCUUCACUUUCGCGCCGCACUUAGAGGAAAACUGCCGCGCCCCAAGCAAUUCCUCAGCUUUUGCUUGAGGAGGUUCCGAGAACUUCGCGCCCAGUCCCGCAAGAACCGUGUCGGGGUUUGCGUCAUCGCUUCUGGGCUCGUUCCGCGUGGAGCUGGAAAUGUAAUGGUGAAUAAGACAGUUGUUUUCUGCUAUAAAGAAUAGUGAGAAAUAAAAGCCCAACAAGCAAGUGACCUGAGACCUGCUUGAAAUGUGGUUUCAGCAAGGCCUCAGUUUCCUUCCUAUAGCUCUUGUAAUCUGGACAGCUGCUGCUUUCACGUUUUCAUACAUUAUUGCAGUAACACUCCACCAUGUUGACCCUGCUUUGCCUUAUAUCAGUGACACUGGGACAGUGGCUCCAGAGAAGUGCUUGUUUGGGGCAAUGCUAAACAUUGCUGCAGUUUUAUGCCUUGCUACCAUUUAUGUUCGUUAUAAACAAGUUCAUGCCCUGAAUCCUGAAGAGAACCUUAUCAUCAAAUUAAAUAAGGCUGGCCUUGUGCUUGGAAUACUGAGUUGUUUAGGAGCUUCUCUUGUGGCAAAUUUCCAGAAAACAGCCAUUUUUGUUGUACAUGUCAGUGGUAGUGUGCUCACUUUUGGUAUGGGCAUAUUUUACAUGUUUGUUCAGACCGUCCUUUCAUACCUAAUGCAGCCCAAAAUUCACGGCAAACAAGUCUUCUGGAUCAGACUACUGUUGCUUGUCUGGUGUGGAGUAAGUGUACUUAGCAUGUUGACUUGCUCAUCAAUUUUGUACAGUGGUAACUUUGGCACUGAUCUAGUACAAAAACUUCACUGGAACCCUGAGGAUAAAGGUUAUGUGCUUCAUCUAAUCACCACUGUAGCAGAAUGGUCUAUGUCAUUUUCUUUCUUUGGUUUUUUCUUGACUUACAUUCGUGAUUUUCAGAAAAUUUCUUUACGUGUGGAAGCCAAUUUACAUGGAUUAACCCUAUACGACCCUGCACCUUGCCCUGUUAUCAAUGAAAGAACACGACUACUUUCCAGAGAAUUCUAAUGAAAGGAUCAAAGGUUUCUUUGGUGUUUAUGAUUCUCAGGGAUAGGGGAAAGAAUCACAAAAGCUGCUUAUUACACUCUGAAAUUAUCAACCAGUUAAUCAAGGCUGUCUGUGACAUUGAUGAAUACUGAUGAUCAGGAGACAUAAAGCCAUUUCAUAGUUACUUUAAAGGAUGUCACUUAAACUAUUUAUGCCUUUUUUUAAUCCUAUAAAAUAAAAUCAAAGAACUACAA